ACAGUCAUACUCUGAGGUUACUCGGCGUACUAUAUACUAUUUUAAAAAAACAUAGUUAAUAAUAAUUGAAUAAAAUGCUAUAAGUGUGCUUAUAUUUUCAAACAUGUUUUGGUUUUUCACGUCAUAAAAAUUAGUGGUAGUAAAUCGUUAUUUUUCUCUUGGCUGUUCGCGGAAGAAAAUAUAAAGAUGUAUAAUGGGUAUUCGAGUCCAAAACGUUCGUGGUUCGUCGAAGGAGAAAUGGGACGUAAACUGCAAGGUUCGAAGGACACGUACGACAUAGACAGUCUGAUCUCACCUAUUUAUGCGAUGACCACGAACAGUGCCGGCUGGAUGGGCUACAAAGCAGUGCCCGUCGAUGAACCCAAGCCACGGACCCCAUUGUUCCUGAUUGAUAAUGGUCUCAGUGCUAAGACACUAGAUGCUAUGUUACACAUAUUCAUUAUAUGUUUAGUACUUUUCAUUAUCGUCAACUGUAUGUGUAAAUUUGUUUGGUUAUUUUUAAAAUGAUAUUGUUUUAUUAAUUAUCGUGUGUGUAUACUGUAUAUAGGUUAUAGUCUUAAGAGCCUUGCUAAAACGUUUUUAGUUUAAAUAUUAUUAUUAUUUUUUUUUUUCCAUUAUUAUUAUUUAUUGCGUGAUAUAUAAAUAUAUUUGUAUUUAUAAUAAUUCAUAAAUCAUAUUUUUUUCAUAAACCAAAUGUAUAAUUUAUUGACAAUUGGAUUGUAUUGUAAUUUCAUUCAUUCAAUAAUACAAAGACAAUAAUUAUUAAA